AUGUCGGAUGCACGGCCAGCUCCUCCGCCGCCGGAUGCGGCCAAGCUCCGCGAUACGGCCGAUGCGUCGCAGCCCGACCCAGCCCAGACAGAUGUCAAACCAGAGGUGACCUCUGGCCCCGCGGCGACCCAACAAGGGAUAGAAUCCGGCAUCAAGGCCGGGGUAGGAGCCGACACGGGGAAUAUCAGCCCUGCUUGGGCUGCGAGGGACGCUGUGGUGAAGCGAGAGGCGUGGGAGGAGAUCAAGCCGGAGACGCCCUCGACGGCGGCUGCAGAGGCCGACGACAUGGAGCUCGACCACGACGAGGACAAAACAGCAGCGCACGUCAAGGGCGAGCCGCCCAAGGACGAGGUCUUGGCCCCGCCGUCCUUUACGCCCUCGCCAUCACCGCCGCCGAGGUCUGGCUCGCCGGUGCGCCGCCACGAUGCGGGCCCGAACGGCUUGAAGGUCGAGGACCCUUCGUCCCCGCUUGCUCAUGUCAAGCAGGGCUCGUCUUCGCCAAAGCCGGGGCUCGGGGCGCUCGAUGAUCUGGACGACAGCAAGGACGACGGCCCGAUGAAGCGCUCCUCGUCGCACGCAUCCGCAUCGUCGUCGGCCGAUCGCAAGGUCAGGAAGAGCGCCUCUGCGAUGCCGCCGCAGCUCAUCACCCACCUGCCCCGGGCCGAAAGGGAGGCCAUGACGACCUUUGUCGAGCUGCCGUCCAACGACUACCACGACAAGAAGCUCGGCAGAACCCGCGGCCGCUUCCAGGAAGCCAUGGUGUGCGACUGCUCGUUUACGCCAGGCGUCGACGAUGAGUCGCUGGCCUGCUCGGCCUACUCGGACUGCAUCAACCGCGCCACCCAGAUCGAGUGCACGGCGUCGGACUGCAACUGCGGCGAGUACUGCCAGAAUCAGAGGUUCCAGCGCAGGCAGUAUGCAGACGUCGAGAUCGUCCUGACGGAGAACAAAGGCUUCGGCCUGCGCGCCGCUAGCGACCUGCCGACCGAGACGUUCAUCUACGAGUACGUGGGCGAGGUCAUGAACGAGCCGACGUUCCUGCAGCGGAUGCAGCAGUACCGGGUCGAGGGGAUCCGCCACUUUUACUUUAUGAUGCUGCAGAAGGGCGAGUACCUCGACGCGACCAAAAAGGGCGGCAAGGGGCGCUUCAUCAACCACAGCUGCAACCCCAACUGCUUUGUGGCGAAGUGGCAGGUGGGCAAGCACAUGCGGAUGGGCAUCUUUGCCAAGCGCGACAUUGCGCGCGGCGAGGAGCUGACGUUCGACUACAACGUCGACCGCUACGGCAACGACGCCCAGACGUGCUACUGCGGCGAGGCCAACUGCGUCGGCACGCUCGGCGGCAAGACGCAGACCGACAUUGGCGGCAUCGCUGACCUGUUUAUCCAGGCGCUCGGCAUCGAGGACCAGGUCGAGCAGAUGGAGGCGCGCGGCACCAAGAAGCGCAAGAGCAAGGAGCUCGACAAGGACUUUGUGCCCAUCCUGCGGCCGGUCAAGGAGGACGAGGUGUUCAAGGUCAUGACGGGCAUCCGCCAGGCCAACGCCAACCAGCAGAUCCUCCAGAAGCUGCUGACGCGCGUCGAGAUGACCGAGGACCCGAGCGUCCAGAAGCGCCUGGUCAAGCUGCACGGCUUCGACGCCAUGUACGGCGUCCUGGUCGACUGGCACGACGACCGCAACAUCAUCAUGCUCGCGCUCAGCAGCCUGGCGCGCUGGCCGCUCAUCGCCAAGAACAAGGUCGUCGACUCGGGCAUCGAGGGUCAGGUGAUUGUACUGCGCGACUUCUACCGCGAGCGGUCGGUCAAGAAGGAGGCCGCCGAAGCCGACCCCGACGUCGACGCCGGCGCUGUCGCUGCCGCCGGCAACGAAGGCAGCACCGAGGCCAAGGAAGACCUUGCCGUGUCCCGGCGGGCCGAGCAGCUGCUCGACGCGUGGAACAAGCUCGACAUGGGCUACCGCAUCGCGCGCCGCGAGGCCGACGACGCCGCCGCUGCCGACGCCGCGCGCGCCGACGCCGGCUUCGUCUCGUACAUUGACCGCCGCCGGAUGCAUGACCUCGAGGAGCCGCCAGUGACGCUCGAAGAGGCCCAAGCACCCAAUGCCGUUUCCGAGGAGCUGGGCAAGCCGAUGCCCGAUUGGAGCCGCAGCGAGGACGACCACGACGACCAAGACGAAGCGUCGGCGGCGGCGCGAGCGGGCGGCAACGAAAAGAGGCUGCGGCGCAUGAUUGGCGAGAUUGUCGUCAAGCAGAUGUCGAAGCACAAGGACGAGUUUGAGCGCGAGACGUUCAAGAAGUACGCAAAGGAGUUGACCAACGUGAUAGUCUCAAAGGAGAUGAAGAACCCCAAGUACUGGCCACCGCCGGGUGGAGGGACGCUCGAGGAGCUAUCGGGCGACAAGCGCACCAAGGUCAAGGCGUUUUGCGGCGAGUACAUUGCCAAGCUCCUCGCCAAAAAGGGGCGGGUCGCGGCGGGUGCGGGGCGGCAAUUGCCCUCGAGUGGCAAUGCGGGGGCGCCGUCGGGAUCGAAUCGAGCCACGCCGUCGAGUGCUACGCCCCGGUGA